CCAUGCCUGUGCAGACCUACAUCCGCAGCAUGGACAAGGACUUUGUGGCAGCCACCAUCCAAGCCAUUGGGCGCUGUGCCACCAACAUCGGAAAGGUGCGGGACACCUGCCUCAAUGGCCUGGUCCAGCUCCUCUCCAACCGGGACGAGCUGGUAGUGGCCGAAUCCGUGGUGGUCAUCAAAAAGCUGCUGCAGAUGCAGCCGGCCCAGCACAGUGAGAUCAUCAAGCACAUGGCCAAGCUCACCGACAACAUCCAGGUGCCGAUGGCACGGGCCAGCAUCUUGUGGCUCAUCGGUGAGUACUGUGAGCAUGUGCCCAAGAUCGCGCCUGAUGUGCUGCGCAAGAUGGCCAAGUCCUUUACCAACGAGGAGGACAUCGUCAAGUUGCAGGUCAUCAAUCUGGCAGCUAAGCUCUACCUGACCAACUCCAAGCAGGUAUUGGGGAUGUGGCCCAAUGACAUGCCUCAGUUUCCCCACUGGGGAGGGAGAGGCUGGCCCUGA